UUUAUCAGCUUCUGUCAGAUGUUGCUCUCAGCUUUUAUUGUUGGGUCCUUUUCCUGUCUUGUUCUUGUGGUCAAAUAUGAGAAAAGAAGACACAUUCUUGCACUUUAGCUAGCUAACUUUUAAGAAUAUGUUACUUCCUAGCAGCACCAUGGGAAAAUUCCAUGUUUUCGUUCUUAUUUGUUUUGGUUCAUGUUUCCUUUUCCUCAUGGCAGGUGAGGUAUGGAAAGAUGUGGUCAUGGUACGUGAGGACACAUCUGUCACGCUGUCCUGCUUUGAUUCACCACCCACAUCGUCUGUGCUGGUUACCUGGAAGAUGAUGUCAGCCGGGGAGGAUCGCUGGUCAUAUUUGUUAUCAGCUAACUGCAUCGAUGGACAAACAGAUGGACGCAGCAGCAGAGUGUUUGGAGGCAGAAUGUUUGGGAUCUCCGCGGAUGCCUCACUGAACUUCAGGGCUGCAGCAGCUUCGCAAGGACUCUACUCCUGCGUGACAGAGCAGGACGACAAGAAGCUACAGGAGAGGAUUGUGUUUCUCGCCCUGAUUAAACGUAGACCAUACAAACGCAUCAUAAUGCCGCUUCGUGUCUCAAUGUGUCUGAUAUCUCCAGGUAUUCUCUCCUUGUCUUUUGCAGUACAUGUCACUCCAAGGAUGCCUGUCACAGUGGACAGCACUGUGAGACUGGCAGCUCAGGUGUCUCCCUCCUCCGUAGCCGCUUGGGGAACGUGGGUGUCUCCCUCGGGUGAACAGCUGAACACUGAGAUCUCCCAUGUCACGGGCAGUCUGCUCAGCAAGCUGCCUCGCGUCACCAGUAAAGACAACGGAGUCUAUACCUGCAGAAUCCGUGUCCAUGGUAACAGUGACACGUCUGUCUCGGAGCACCGGGUGAAUGUGACAGUGAACGUGAAAGCUGUGUUUUCUUCCACAGACGUGACACAUGGAACCCCAAGGUCUUUAGCAGCUCUCUCUCGUUCAGUGGUCACUUUAACGUGUCCUCCUGUCCUUGGUGACUAUGUGCUGCUCUACUGGGAGUAUCCUGAUUCAAACAGAAUGGAGCUCAUAUUCCAGUUUGACCGCUGGAGGCGGAGCUACACCAACCAGACCAAACCCCACCUACGUUUGAAAGACCCCGCCUCCCUGGCUGCUGCUGGGAACUUCUCCUUUCUGUUAAGCCCGGCCCUGAAGGAUGGAGGACUGUACUUGUGCGAGGUCUUCCUGGAUGACAAGGCUUUCAGUCAAGCCAACAGACUGAGUGUUUUACAUGGUUACACCAAGUCGUCCCGCACCGCUCUGGAUCUGAGUUGCAUGUACUCAGAACGAUCUCAAGUUAAAGCUUUAAAGUGGUCGUAUGUUCAGGAUCCCAAACGCUCUCUGCAGUCAAAUGCUGUUUUGGGCCGGAUCACAACCUCCGUAGCACUUCCUGUGACCCCUAAGACGGCUGGACAGUAUGCCUGCACUCUUUAUCUGAAAAAUGGAAAUUCUGUACAAUAUAUGUACACUGUCAAAUCGGCCAGUAUAGGCCCAACAGUUUCUCCAGGGCCUGUACUGCCACCUGCAGGAGAUGUUUCAGCAUCCUCUCAUGUUUCCACCUUCUCAUUCCUCCUCUUUCUGAUCCCCCUGGUUGCCGUAGCUGUUGGGGUGUUGCUAUGGAGACAGGGCUAUUGCGUCACCCGGCGAAGUGUCGAGCAAUCGCUGUCUCACCACUCCGGAGAGGUGGAGAACAUCUAUGAAAAUCCUGAUGAUCUAAGACAGACACCUCCCCAAGGCGCAGUCUACAUGGAUCUCAAGCCAACCGGUGAAAUGGAUGUAUAUAAAGAAUUAGAUAGAUACAACCAGUGCUGUGGUUGAGUUUAUUAAUAAUUUACAGUGAAACCGCAUUUGAAAUAAAUCCUUAUAAAUCCUUAUACGUCACUUGUCUUACCUUAUGACACUUUUUGUUCUUGUUACUAGUAUGGCACUGCUUCAAAAACUGAGUUUUUUUUUUUAACCUUUUUCUCAUCUUGUGUUUUCUUUUUUUCUGUAUAUUUGUUUUGAUAAAUAUUUGUUUGUUAUAAUGUCAAUAAUAGUGCACUGUAAGUAGAAAAUAUGUGAGGGAAUAGGCUACAGUGCGGGUAAAAAUAAAGUUUAUAAACAUUUCUAUGAUUAACUGAUCAAUCGAUUGAUUGAUUGAUUGAUUGAUUGAUUGAUUGAUUGAUAAAAAUGUGAGCAAUGGGCAAAUAAAUAAAAACGCAAUGCGUUAUAUGAUCACAUUUCGUGUUUUGAAGCAUUUUAUUUUUUUUAUGAUGCGUUUAUUUUAAAAUAAUAUUAAUUUAUAAUAAUCUGUUUGUCCAAUUUAAAUUAAUAUAUAAAAUAGACAUACAACGAAAAAAAUAAAACAUGCAAUGAGACACGU